AUGCUACCUUCCGAGGCGCAGACUCCCGCAACACUACCCGGCCCUGGCCACGGCGGAAACGCAAACCAAUGCCCCGAGGGACAAAGGAGAAGCGGAACCGCCAGACACUGGUUUCCUUCGCUUCCCUUUCAGCAAUUUCAGGCACUCUUUAACUCUCUUUUCAAAGUUCUUUGCAUCUUUCCCUCACGGUACUUGUUCGCUAUCGGUCUCCCACCCGUGUUUAGCUUUAGAUGGAAUUUACCACCCGCUUUGAGCUGCAAUCCCAAGCAACUCGACUCGUAGAAAACGGACCGUACGCGUGGAAAACGGGGGCAAGAACGGGAUUGUCACCCUCCUUGAUGCUCUUUUCCAAGAGACUUCGCCCCCGUCUCCAGCUGGUCACGCCUCUCCAGACUACAAUUCGGACCGAAGUCAGAUUUACAACGUGAGCUCUUCCCGCUUCACUCGCCGUUACUGGGGGAAUCCUGGUUAGUUU